GACUGUCCCCGGACUGGGCGUCACAGUGCGCGGCCCCGGGGUGGGCACUUUUGAAGAGGAGGGCAGGGCCUUGCGUGGGUCACCCUCGUGUGUUGAGGUGCAUGCAGGGUGUUUAGGACCCAGGGGAAGACCGGGGGCGGCUCCCUGGACAGCGGGAGAUUUCGUCCCCCGCCCCCUUCCCCCCCACCGCCCCCGCCGCCGGGUGAGCGGCUCAGAUGUCUUGGUAGUCGCGGCUCUGGCGCUCCGCACCCUCCGUCUGCGGCAGCGGGGGCUGGCGGCCCCGGCCCCUGCCCGGCCCCCUCCUCCAACCUCAUGCCUCAGCCCUAACCCCGCCGCCCUCCCCUGCGGGGGGCCUUUCUCCGUGCCCCCCGCCCGCCCCGUCCACUUCGGGCGCCAUGAACGACCAGUACCACCGGGCAGCCCGGGAUGGCUACCUGGAGCUCCUCAAGGAGGCCACCCGGAAGGAGCUGAAUGCCCCCGACGAGGAUGGCAUGACCCCCACUCUCUGGGCUGCCUACCAUGGCAACCUCGAGUCGCUGCGUCUCAUUGUGAGCCGCGGGGGUGACCCGGACAAGUGUGACAUCUGGGGCAACACACCCCUGCAUCUGGCAGCUUCCAAUGGCCACUUGCACUGCCUGUCCUUCCUGGUGUCCUUCGGGGCCAACAUCUGGUGCCUAGACAAUGACUACCACACGCCGCUGGACAUGGCUGCCAUGAAGGGCCACAUGGAAUGCGUGCGCUAUCUGGACUCCAUCGCGGCCAAGCAGAGCAGCCUCAACCCCAAGCUGGUGGGCAAGCUGAAGGACAAGGCCUUCCGCGAGGCGGAGCGACGCAUCCGCGAGUGCGCCAAGCUGCAGCGUAAGCACCACGAACGCAUGGAGCGGCGCUACCGGCGCGAGCUGGCCGAGCGUUCCGACACCCUCAGUUUCUCCAGCCUCACGUCCAGCACCCUGAGCCGCCGGCUGCAGCAUCUGGCGCUGGGCAGCCACCUGCCGUACUCGCAGGCCACGCUGCACGGCACGGCCAGGGGCAAGACCAAGAUGCAGAAGAAGCUGGAGCGGCGCAAGCAGGGCGGCGAAGGCACCUUCAAGGUCUCGGAGGAUGGGCGCAAGAGCGCCCGCUCGCUCUCGGGCCUGCAGCUGGGCAGCGACGUGAUGUUCGUGCGCCAGGGCACCUACGCCAAUCCCAAGGAGUGGGGCCGAGCCCCGCUCCGGGACAUGUUCCUCUCGGACGAAGACAGCGUCUCCCGUGCCACGCUGGCGGCCGAGCCUGCCCACUCGGAGGUCAGCACCGACUCAGGCCACGACUCCCUGUUUACCCGCCCCGGCCUGGGCACCAUGGUGUUCCGCAGAAGUUACUUGAGCAGUGGGCUGCACGGACUGGGCCGCGAGGAUGGGGGGCUGGACGGGGUGGGAGCGCCGCGGGGUCGGCUGCAGAGCUCCCCUAGCCUGGACGAUGACAGCCUGGGCAGUGCCAACAGCCUGCAGGACCGCCGCUGUGAGGAGGAGCUGCCCUGGGACGAGCUGGACUUAGGCUUGGACGAGGACCUGGAGCCCGAGACUAGCCCGCUGGAGACCUUCUUGGCCUCUCUGCACAUGGAGGACUUUGCCGCCCUCCUGCGGCAGGAGAAGAUCGACCUCGAGGCUCUGAUGCUGUGCUCUGACCUCGACCUCCGCAGCAUCAGCGUUCCCCUGGGGCCCCGAAAGAAGAUCCUGGGGGCCGUGAGGAGGCGGCGGCAGGCGAUGGAGCGCCCGCCGGCCCUGGAGGACACAGAGCUAUAACGGGGGGCUCCUCUCCCCAGACCAAAAUGAAUUGCAAGUUGCCACAA